AUGAAACGGAAGAAGCAGCAGCACAACACAGGACAGACAAACACGCCUCUUAGCCAAGACAGGUGUUAUCACAUGGGCCUGGCUCUUGUGGGCCUGGCUCUUGUGGGCCUGGCUCUUGUGGGCCUGGCUCUUGUGGGCCUGGCUCUUGUGGGCAUGGUUCUUGUGGGCCUGGCUCUUUUGGUGUGUGUGACGUCAGUUGGUGUGUGUGUGACGUCAGUUGGUGUGUGUGACGUCAGUUGGUGUGUGCGACGUCAGUUGGUUUGUGGGACGUCAGUUGGUUUGUGUGACGUCAGUUGGAGUCAGCUCACAGGAGUCAGCUCACAGGAGUCAUCUCACAGGAGUCAUCUCACAGGAGUCCUCUCACAGGAGUCAUCUCACAGGAGUCAUCUCAUAGGAGUCGUCUCACAGGAGUCGUCUCACAGGAGUCAGCUCAUAGGAGUCGUCUCACAGGAGUCAGCUCAUAGGAGUCGUCUCACAGGAGUCAUCUCACAGGAGUCAUCUCACAGGAGUCGUCUCACAGGAGUCAUCUCACAGGAGUCAGCUCACAGGAGUCAUCUCACAGGAGUCAUCUCACAGGAGUCGUCUCACAGGAGUCAGCUCACAGGAGUCAUCUCACAGGAGUCAGCUCAUAGGAGUCAUCUCACAGGAGUCCUCUCACAGGAGUCAGCUCACAGGAGUCAGCUCACAGGAGUCCUCUCACAGGAGUCGUCUCACAGGAGUCAGCUCACAGGAGUCAUCUCACAGGAGUCAUCUCACAGGAGUCGUCUCACAGAAGUCAUCUCUUUCCGGGCCACAACCUCUCGGCCUGUGCUGGACACAUUCCGAUGGAAGCUUGGGCUGAAGGAGCGAACAAAGGAAACCCACGGCCUGCUAAUGAAGCCGGCGAUUGUGCCUGAUGGGCGGACGGCUGCUGCGGGCGCUCACUGGAACCAUCCCAGUCAGAGCUAA